CAUAAAAAAUAGCUGUAAAACUUUGGGAUACUAAGAACCAAAGCACCUGAUUAGCUUGAGAAGAAGGUUGGACCUUCUGAGCAGCUACAGCAGUAUCAUUAUUAAACAUCUACAUCUCUAAGUUGUGAGAGCUGAAGGUGUGGGCAUCAUGUCUCGGCUGGUUUUGCUGCUGGUGCUGCUUGUGUGUGUUGGAGCGCAGCUCUCCUACGCUCAGCACUGGUCCCAUGGCUGGUAUCCUGGAGGGAAAAGGGAGCUGGACUCCUUUGGAGCAUCAGAGAUGUCAGAGGAAAUUAAGUUGUGUGAGGCAGGGGAAUGCAGUUAUUUGAGACCCCAGAGGAGGAAUACCCUGAGAAACAUUGUUUUGGAUGCGCUGGCCAGAGAGCUCCAGAAGAGGAAGUAACAGUUUCCUAUAUCUAGUAUCCUUUUCUAUCUAGUGACCAUGUUCUCCUGUGUCUUUGUCUAGUGUGUUUCUUUUUUUCUGUGGCAAACCAAAGUGGAAAAUGUUGCCUAAAAUAAAGUGUCUAUUUUGAUACUAA